CGAGUACAGAACCAAAAACGUAAAAAUGACGGAAACAGAUUUGUGUUGGGCUAGUUAAACAUAACUAUAAGUGCACAUGUUGAUGACAACCAGCAACUUUCGUUUUUGCUAAAAUUGAUAAGUGACGAUUUUUUAUCCCGAUGAAAACCUACCCUAGUAUUGUGAUAAGGAGUUAGUCGAUCUCUUCCAAAACAUGGCUGCUCAAAUGCGCUGUACUUCCGUAUUGGUAUACAUUUUUCUAUAUUUGGCCACGCGUGCGAGUGCACAGAACGACCUGGUGCGCGUUAAUCCCGAACCCGAUCAAGACAGCCCGACCAUUUCCGGUCAGUUAGAGGCCAGAGAAGCUAGUACAGCCACCUGGAGGAAAGUCUGCCAUGCUAGCAGAACAAUGGCUGUUACCGAUCGUAUAGCUAUCGCUGCAUGUCGUAGCUUAAGAUAUAAUAAAGUCGUGAGAGUUCAAGUUGGAAGUUACGGACCUCCUGGAAGAUACUGGAUUCAGUUCUCAAACUGUCCCCCUGAUCCACAUUCCCUCCUUGCGUGCACCAGGCAGACUUUCGAGGGCACGGGUGAUUCGUGCAGGACUCGCAUGGUCUGGAUAACAUGCGAGGAUAAGAUUGAAACAGCAAAAGAUCCCUCAGAAGUACAGUGCAAUGAAUUCCGAAUUGUGCACCCUGGUGAAAGCCUCUUUUUCUUACCGGUUUCGGGAUGCCGCGCGAACCUACAAUCAGCAGACCCAUCUGCUUUAUUAAUUAUACGUGCCGCUUUGUGGCCCGGAUUGCAAGAGCCUUCCUCAGGACCAUGUACAAGCGAGCGUCCUGUUUUGCGCAUCGGAGAGUAUAGUAUAUCGUCGGGGACGGAAACGAUAGUGUCCAUUUCCAAUGCUACCAUGUGUAGGGCGAAUUCAGUUAGAGCUCGCGGAUCUAACACUCGACUGGAGUUGCAAUACUACGAUCGACCAGAUGCAGCCAACAAGCCCAAUAUAACAAUCACCGCACAACACCGGCUGCGCUGCACGACCACGGAAAUGCAGGUUGCCCUUUUAAAAGCGGCAGUAAACAUGACCGAGGAACAGGCUGACCGGGUCAGAGUUUAUGGAGGAUCUGCGGCGCAGCAUUGUACAGUGCAGUUGAAUCCAGAUAGCGACUUGAUCGAAUGGGGCACUUCUUUCGCCAAAUGUGGUACACGCUAUGACGAAGAAGAAAGAGCGUACGAAAAUACUCUGACGAUAGAAAAACCUACGGGUAAUGUUGAAUCUUUCUCUGGAACCCCAAUCGAAUAUACGGAAAAACUACAGUAUAUGCUAAAGUGCCGUGGAGGAGAUUUUCCCGUUCACAGCGGAAAUAUUACAAUGGCUAUCUGAAUAUUGGUAACAGACUUGAACAAUUCUAAAAUUUAGUAACCAAUGUCGAAGUCGCACUUUGCAAUACCAUCUAGCAGACUCGAGCAUAGAUUAAAGAUAAAAAUUAAAGCUCUAAAUGAAAGACAAUACUUUAACGAAGCGUGUUAGAAACUAAAGACAACAAGCAAAGAACACUAUUUAUAAAAAAUAAAGAUCAGCCGCGCUUCAU